AUGGCCGUCGACGGUAGUAGACCGGACGGCGGUUGGGAGACGGUCAAGAUAAGGGACGGUAGGAGUUCUCCACCGCGGUGGGACGUGUUUCCGUGGGGUGGAGGUAGUGUCGGUAAUCAGAAAGGGGCGCUGACUUCGGUUUAUUUCUCGAAAUUUCCAGAUUCUUACUCUGCGAAGUCUUUUUUCGAGCUCUUUGCGUGUAUUGGGAAGGUGGCGGAGGUGGCCAUUUCUCCAAGGAAGAAUCGUUUCGGCAUAAAAUUUGGUUUCGCUGGGUUCGAAGGGGUGGAGGAUGGAAGGUUGCUUGCGGUUCGUUGUGACAACGUGAUGAUUUUGGGGGUCAAAAUUCACGCCAAUCUCCCCAGAUUUGAAUGCCCUCGGUUCGAUUCGGGGAAGGGUGGAGGGUUCCAGGUAUCUCAUGAAGGGGGGGUUCCUCAGAAGAAGACUGAAACGAAGGGUGCAGGGGUUUUUGCAAGGAGUGAUAGAAGGGAUGGUAGAUCCUACGCUAAGGUGGUGCACGAGGGUGAGGGGAGUAACUAUCAGGUUUGCGCAGAGUCCCGACCAAAGCUUCGUUAUUCCUCUAAAGCUGAAGACAGAAACAGAUUGGAGAAAGCAUAUGUGGGUGUUGUGUCUAUUCCCGGUUCGACCUACAACAUUCAGUCUCAUUUUGAAAUGGAGGGGUUUUUUCAGGUUAAGGUGACCCCUAUGGGGGGAAAUUUGUGUCUAUUGGAAGAGUCGGAGGAGGGUAUUAUUAAGGAUCUCAUUGGCGACGGUGAAACAUGGUGGAAGCAGUGGUUUCAAGUAAUAAGGAGGUGGAAUGAGUUAGACAUUGAUGAUGGUAGAGUCAGUUGGAUUAGCGUGUACGGUGUGCCUAUUCACGCGUGGAACGCAGAGUUUUUCACGGCUGUAGCUAACUCUUUGGGGACGUUCAUUUGUCUUGACGAAUCUACGGCAGAAGGAUCUAAUUUUGAUACGGCAAGGAUGAUGGUGAGAGUUAAACUGAAUCAUGAGUUAGCAUCAAGGAUGGAGGUUCGUAUCGACGAGAAGAUUUUUGUACCGACAAAGAAGGAGGAUGCUGUGGGAUCGAUGCACAACGUAACAGGAAGCGAUUGCAACGAUGAUAUUUUGUUAUCUAAUCCUGUUAGUCUGGCCGGUCUGAAUUCUGUUACUGUUUUAGAUCCUUAUUCUGUUCUGCCCAAGAAUGCUGCGGGUGCGAUUUCGAAUCAUAGGUCCGUUUCAGGGGAGAUUCCAGGGGUACGAAGGAAGGAGGGAGUCAUAGUUUUGGAGGGUGGGACAGUUUCCAUUGGCUGCAACGUUGGUGAAUUGUAG